CAACAUAUUAUUUCUUAUUACACAUAGCGCCAGUAAUCUCCUGUCGUACAAAAAAAUUCUACUCCAUUUCAACCUGACACAUCAAUAUCUGGUAAUGAUAAAUGCAACCAGCAAAAAGUAAUCAAAAAUUCAUAAAAUUGGUAACAAAUGAUCAAAUUUUAUUUUAUUAAAAGUAUUAUAAAAUCGUUUAAUAUUUAAUGCAGUGAUAUUAUAAUUAAUCGAUAUUUUCACGAACACAAGUAAAACGAUAGAAACCAAACAGAAAUUUGUUUUAUUUCCAAAAUAUUGUAACAAGUUCUACUUUGGAUGUUUCAUAUAAUUUUUGGAUAUUCUUGUGCAUUCUGAACUCUCCCUACCUUCCUAAUAAACAAAUAAAUGCAAUUCACGCGAUACCAAACGAAAAAUCUCAAACAGAAACAAACGGACAAUUAAAAUAUCUCAAACUCGUUAAUUUAAAUAAAAAUCCACCGAUUCAAUCUCCCUUACAAACGUAACAAACAAAACCAUAAUUAAACGUCCACUGUCUUAUCCGUUUUAACAAUCUGUCUCAACAGUUUAAAAAUUCCAGAUCCAUUAAACCUAAAUUUCCCCUUCAAACCAACAAAAAGUUAAUUAAAAUUCCUCUACGCAUUUCAUUUUAAAUUAUCAAAGAAACUCGAAGGCCACUGAAGUAGGAAAUCUCGCAACAACUCCUUAAGAAGUUCGCCUAAUCCAGUGAAAGAAGAAAAAAACGUAGAAAAAAAUUGAGAAAAGAAAGAAAGGAACGUUGGAAGUGGUUCGAUCAAUGAUUCGAGGGUCAUGGAAUAGAAAAAGACGAAUUCCAAGCGGAUGUCGAUCGGGACGAAUGUCAAUGUCAGGUGUAGUUGAUUUUAUUGGACAGGGCGUCUCCCAUUCGCGCGUUCUCCCAUCGAUGAACACGUGCCCCAUGGAGCGAAACCUUUUCUCCCAGGUGCUAUAUAAAGACGAGGGGACGAAGUGGACACCAUGAGACCGGACCAAGGCACCUUGGCGAGUACUGUACCUCAGAUAGCGCGCAAGGAGCCACGUUUGUUUCACGAGAUGAAGACCCUGAUUGUUCUCUCGGCCGUGUUGGCAGCAGUAUACGCGCGUCCAGGCCUUCUACUGGCGCCACAGGUAGCAGCUCUAGCGUCGCCUGUUACCAUCACCAAACUAGUACCUGGUGCACCCAUCGGUCUAGAUGGCCGAGUCGUAGACACUCCGGAAGUGACUCUCGCAAAAGCAGAACACGCAGCAGCCCACAUCAACGAAAGAAUCACUUUGGCUAACGAAGCAUUCAAAUCUGCUGAUUUAAUCGCUUACACGGGACCUGUAAUCACCAGUAGCCUGCAACCUGUGGCUGUUGCAGCCAAAAUCGUUCCUCCAGCUCCUCUAGGACCCGAUGGCCGCGUUGUCGACACACCGGAAGUCGCUUUAGCCAAAGCAGAGCACGCUGCUGCUCAUAUCAACGAGAAACUUGAACACGCUGUUGAACAAGCAUCGAAAGGGACUUUGGAGCUUCCUGUGGUUCUGUCCACAUACUCUGCACCAGUUAUUCAAAAGGUUUUGAUAUAAGGACAGGACAUGACUGGCUGGAUUGUCUUUCGUGGCGAUGUUGGUUACGUGGAACACUCAUUUUUUGUACAUAAUUGUAAGCUGAUUAAAUAAAGCGAUA